GUUCGCUGAAUAAAUUUAUAAAAUAAAGUGAAAACGUUGUUCAUUCAUCUUUAAACAUGAUUUACAAUCAGGAAUUAAAGUUAUGUUAUUACUCUUUGAUAUUUUUUUAGUAUUAUAUCGAAAUGACAAUGGCCUCGCAAUGUUUCAUGUUAAAUUUAAACAGAAAUCCCUCCCAGAAUGCCAUCAUUCGAAAUGAAACAAAGCCUUUGGUGGCCAAAGAAAAAGUUAUGUCAUAUGAAGAGAAAUCAGUGGGAUCAACCCCGUUUUUCAAAUGCGAAGCGUGUCCUUACAUGGCACUCGCUGAAGAUGAUAUAAAGUUCCAUUUGUUUACUGUACACCCUGACCUGGCUAAGAGGAACGGAUUAGCCGAAAAUAUACAGAUAGCCUGUCCGGGCUGUACCAGUGUAUUCGAUGCUGAGGAAACCUUAAGAACCCAUUUGCGCAACCAUCACAAAAUGGGCAUCAAGGAUGUGAAAAAGAUGGUUAAAAGUCUUGUGCAGAUUGCUCUGAAGAAUGCCAAAUUAAAGAAAGAAGACAAAAUCAACACAGAUUCACCAUCCAUACCCUUACAACAAGAUCUCAAUGAUGUUAAAAUCCCCCAAGUGAUCGAAAUAGUUCCUGAUAAUAACAAUGCCAACAAUGACUUGCCUAAAGGUGUUGCUUUCAUAUCAGUAGAUGAACUUAACAAGAUGAGUACACCAAAUUUUGAAAAAGUUGAUCCUAAAGAAAUUAUUCAGGAAGCUAGCAUAAAUAUAGUGUAUACAAAUGAAGUAUCGGCACAGUAUGUAAAUGUAUCUAAACCUGGCAACUCAAGUAGUUCAUGUAACAUGAUCCAAGUGUCAAGUAUUACACCUGAUUUAAUAUCAUCAAUUCAACCUAGAACAUCAAAUAUAGAAAACAAAAACCUAUCUUCACCAAUUACAUUAGAUUCUAAUGAAGCAACAACUGUACCCGAUAGACUAUUGGACGACACCAGUGAUAAAACAUCUGCUGUUAAUAAAAACACAGAAAUUGGAACUCUAUGUGCUAUAGAUGGAUGUCAUAUUCGUUUGAAAGACAAUGAGAAACUUGCAUAUCAUAGAAAAUGCCAUCAGAAUGGUAAAUUGAUAUGUCCCAAAUGUACUAAAGCAUGCGUCAAUGAGGAAAUACUACAUACACAUCUGUGGAAGAUUCAUUCUAUAGAUAUGGAACUGCCCACUUGUGAAGUGUGCGGUUUCAAAACCUAUAAGAAGUAUAGAUUGUUUAAUAUACAUAUGAAAUGUCAUGAAAAUGGAAAAUCAUAUGUUUGUCCAAUAUGUACAAAAAGAUUUAAAAAUGCGAACCAACUUUCAAAACACAAAUUAAUCCACAAGAAGGUGUCCAAAUGUUCCAUAUGUCAACAAGAGUUCAGCAACGAGAGACGUUUGCGUCUCCAUGUCACCGCAGUCCAUGACAAAGUGAAACCAUUCAAGUGCUGCCACUGCGACUAUACUGCCGCCAGGAAGGAGGAAAUGAAAAGGCACUUGAGAUCACAUACAGGUGACAAGCCAUACAGCUGUGACCAAUGUCAGUACAGGUCAUCAGAUCACAAUGCCUUAAGGAGACACAAGAAAAUACACUCCAAUGAAAAUCUCUACAAAUGUAAAUAUUGCCCAUAUAGUGCAAUUCAAUCUACAAAAUUUGCCUCACACAUGAUCUCCAACCACCCCAAUGUCAGUUCUAAUGACCUACACCGCUGCCCUUACUGCCCAUUCAAAACGCUCAGUAAAGACAAAUACGUAGUACACCUCACCACUCAUCCAGAUAAAGAAGGUAUACAACUUCUAAUAGAAAUUACGAAAUCUAAACAAAACAAACCAAGUUGGACAAUACCAAGUAACACUGAUGCCAAAAACCCAUCUACCGAUCAUGUCCCUAGUGAACAGGAUAAUGAAAACAACACUACAGUGAGCACUAUACCUCUCGAUGUCUACGACUGCUAUAAUCUCUCCGAAACAUUCAAUCAAUCAAAUGCUGACUUGCAGCAGUCAAAUUUUAAUCCACAAGAAAUAACAGAUCUUAGUAAAGAUGACAACAACUCAGACUGCCUCAUAUCUGAAAGCUCUGACGACACUUUACUAGAAAGGCUGCAAAUGACCUAUGAAAACAGCCAGUCUAAUCUACAUGGUUUCCUAAAUACUACUGUACCAAUGGAACAGACUUUACUACAGAGUAACAGUGUUAAUUCGCUAGCUUCUAGUCACUCGCCAAUGGGAAAUAAUUGUAGUAAUAUAAUGAGUAAUUUUCCUAUACGGUUACCUCCUGCUCCGCAACUAUCCGGUCGUAACAACAUUAUGCUCAAGCCUGUGGACAGAUUGUCCCUGCCUAAAAUGGGUGGACCUAUAAUAACCACAACACAAAUACUACCAGUGCCGUCUUCUAGUAGUUCACCUGUUAACAUCUCGAUGGAGCCUGAUGGAGUACCGAGAAAGAAGCCAAAAAUAUCAGUAAAAAGCAACCUCAUUUUGAAAGGUCCUGACCAAGAGAACAUGUUCCAUUCGCAGCAAAAGAUGGCUUUCAAGCGUUUAGAAGACAACGAAAGAUUUGGUCUGGGACGACCGAUGACCUUCAACAAUUUGAUCACGACGCAAUUCAUGCAGCUCCAACCAGGACCGACGCUGAAUGACUCGCCUAAUACUAUGAUGUCCUAUCAGCAAGACACUUUGUUGGAUGCUGCAUCCACUCCCGUCGUCAACGAAAUCAAUAACACAACACAAAUGUUCACGUUUAAUCAACAGAUGAACGUCAACACGAUAACUUUAUUGCCUCCGUCGCAGAAAAUUCAAACAAACGACCCGAGCUACAUAAAACUAGAAGCUACGAUCAAACAGAAUACUCAAUCACCUAGUUUAGAGCGGAUGUGCAAUGCUAACUUGCUUAGUACUCAAGCUAUUAGUAGGGAAUAUAAAGCUUCUCCUCCAUUAGAGGACAUUCACAAGAAUAUGAAUGAAAUUAAAAACGAAGUGAAGUCCGAUUCAUUCUAUAACAUUGCCCUUAAUAACGCCGCCGCGAAUCCUCCUUUGAUAGACCAAUAUUUAAUAGACAACAUAAUAGGGGAGCAAUAUUCUGGCCACUUGGACUUGCCUACUACAGUGCUUCCGGAAGUAUCAGAUGAUCAACAGAAUGACGUCAUCGAAAUAGACGACAACUCUGACGAUAACAAACUACUGCCUCGUUUCGAUAUGAAUUUCCCCUUAGAAUCCUUAUAUGUAAUGCAUAAUGAUUUCCAUUUCCUUGAAAACGAUGUACCCACGAGCAGCAUGUCCGAGAUGCCCGUCAAUGAGAUAAAUAGGAUGGUCACUGAAGUGCCUAUCAUCAAUCAGAAAGACACAGAUAUUGUGACGUCAGAAAGCUCAAAUAUCGAAUUCCAAAAUUUUAUACAGGGAAAAAAGGACCCUAUGAUGAAUACGUGCGUUAGACCAUGUACUAAUAAAAUCAAUGUAAAGAAUAUAGAAUUAAUGAAAAAUUAAUGUAAAUAAUUUGUUUGUAAAUUAGGUAUGAUUUAGACGUAAUAUGCAUUUGACAAGACUGUUAAAUAUAAAUCAAUGUUGUUUU